AUGGGGAUUGGUCUGCCGGCAGGCCAUGACUCUGCUUGCACUCUACCUGCAUGGGCUGCGGCUGACCUGGAUGCACAUUUGCAGAAACUCCGCGCCUGGUACACACGCAAGACUCCCGUCGAACUAUGGCUCGAACUCCUCCGUCAUGCCGAAGCCUUCGAGGACUGGGAAGAGGCGGCACUGCAUCUGGAUAACUUGCUUGGACUGGACUUGUGGAGGAAUAACCCAACGUCCAAGUUCUACGACUACCGCCUGAUCAACGAGCGCCUCAACUCCUUGAUCACUGCGAGGGAGGACGGCAACCUUAAUCAGCUGGUCAAUCUGCUCCGCUCCGGCCUAAUCCGCAACUUGGGCAACAUCACUGCUCCUACCCUUUACAACCGGUCCUUCGCCGGCACCAAAUACUUGAUCGAAGAAUACAUUACACAGAUCGCCGAAGCGGUGGAGGAUAUCACGCAUCUACCAACAACGCCAGUCUCCGAUUCUUAUGGAGCUCCCGUUGGGUUGACCAACCAAAUGAAGUUGGAUUUCAUCCACGACACUCGGCAAGCCUUUGGACGAAGCACGCUUGUUCUUCAGGGCGGUGCUAUUUUCGGAGUCUGCCAUCUCGGUGUCGUGAAAGCGUUGUUUCUCCGAGGUCUGCUCCCACGAAUUAUUACCGGAACCGCGACGGGCGCCCUCAUAGCCGCUUUAGUAGCCAUCCACACCGAGGAAGAGCUUCCCAACGUGCUCAAAGGGGAUGGCAUUGAUCUGUCCGCGUUUUCCGGCAAGUUCAAGGCCGAAAAGGGUCUACAAAAGGACCAAUCCUACGCGACGAGGUGGAACACGCUCCUGAGAAGACUGAGAAGAUUCACUCGUGAAGGCUACUUUCUCGACGUCAAGGUGUUGGAGGACUGCGUGAGAGCCAAUGUUGGCGACUUGACAUUCGAGGAGGCAUACAACAGAAGCAAGAGGGUUCUUAACAUCACUGUUGCUACGGCCGAUCAAGGUGGCGUUCCGACACUGCUCAACUAUCUGACGGCACCGAACGUGCUUAUAUGGACAGCUGCAGUGGCUUCGAAUGCCUCCACACCCAGUCUUUACGGCCACCGCGAGACGACAGUGCUCUGUAAAGAUGCGCACGGAAACAUCGUACCUUGGGCGCCGGCGAACACGAUCGACUUCCACCAUUGGACACACGUUUCGUAUUCGGAACGUGAGUCGCCACUCCUCAGGAUCGCCGAGCUUUUCAAUGUGAACCACUUCAUUGUCAGCCAGGCUCGCCCCUACCUCAUUCCCUUUUUACAGAGCGAUAUGCACGGUCCGUCACUCAUGGAGACGCGUAACAGCACGACGUCAAUCACGGCCUUUUUGGCUCGCAUGGUGGGCUUGGAGAUCAGGCACCGCCUACGCCAGCUUGACACGUUGCGUCUUCUCCCGGCAGGUAUACGCCGCUUCCUUGUUGACGAACAAGUGCCGGGGGCGUCAAUGACGCUAGUUCCCGAGGUAUCAGCUAGCGACUUUGUACGCUUGCUCGAGACGCCGACAAGGGAGACGCUAGAUUACUGGAUUUCGAGGGGCGAGCGGAGCGUUUGGCCUGCCGUUGCCGCGCUUCGGAUUCGCUGCGCCGUCGAGAACGAGCUGGACAGGUCAUAUCAGACCGUCCGCAGAUUGAAGGCGGGUGGUCUCCGGAGGAAAGGUUCAACAGCAGCAGCAGCGCCAUUGGACAACAGCAACAAAGAUCGAAGAGCAAGCAGCUUGGGGGCUGCAUACUGA